GAGUCAAGUCGGAACGAUAUUUAUGAUCAGGGUGGCAAGCAUCUUGCCCUACUUCCGCAACUUUUCCUUGUCCGUUCCGCCAAUCAGACACUCCCACCUCGCUUAUUGUACAUGGGACCCGCUGUCCACGGCACUCGCUCACUCUAGCGUACGCUCCGCCACGCGUCAUGAAAUGUCACACGGCAUUUAUACUGCCCUUUUCCUUCAGGCUUUGUCUUGUUGUGUAAUAUACUAAUGUCUCUCUCGCACCCACAGUGGCAAAACGGUGAAUAACAGUUCCCGAGACCCUCCCCCCGCCCCCUCCGCCAUUAAAAGAGCUCCGACCUCCGUCAUACUCAGCUCUUUCGACCCUUCGAUACAUGUAGAACCCUAUUCCCCUUUCACACGCUCGAUCCCUCUCACCUCAGCGGUCUGCGGCAGGUCCUGUUGGUUCUUGAUCACCGCGUUGUGGAGGAGCUGCUCCGAUCCAAGCUUCCUGGUGGAGCGGUGGGCGUCUGCUAUCAUAGUAUCAAUUUGAAGAAUCUAUUUGAUCCUUGAUGCUGGGCCUUCUCUGUUUGGAUUCCUUCAUAGCCUUUUGGAAUAGUAGAUUCUUCAAAUUGUUUCCUGGACUCGUAAUGCUAUGUCUUAUUGAAUACUUCUAAUUGCCAUGAUGGAAGGGGGUUCAUAUGGAAGUGACAUGAAUAACUGUAUUGCUUUAAGGAUGGCUUCUACACUUUAAUGUUAUUGUAUAGCGUCAGUCAGUCGACAAAUUAGCAAAGAUGAAAGGGAUAGAACUUGUGAGCAUGCUUUUCUUUUCACUACCACUGCUAGCUUUGGGAAGUGGGGAGGUAUAUAUCGUGACCGUGGAAGGAGAGCCUGUCGUGAGUUACAGUGGUGGUGUUGAUGGAUUCUCUGCAACAGCUAUAGAUUUAGUGGAAGAGAUGGACAUCACCAGUGAGUCUGUUACAUCUUAUGCCCUUCACCUGGAGAAAAAGCAUGAUGCUCUUCUUGAUUCACUCUUUGAAGUUGGGACCUAUAAGAAGCUCUACAGCUAUCGACAUCUUGUUAAUGGUUUUGCAGUUCACAUCUCUCCUGAACAGGCUGAAGCUCUCAGCAAGGCACCUGGGGUCAAAUAUGUGGAGAAAGACAUGAAAAUAAAGAAAUUCACCACACACACCCCUCAAUUUCUGGGUUUACCAACAGGUGUCUGGCCAACACGUGGUGGUUUUGACAGAGCAGGAGAAGACAUUGUAAUUGGUUUUGUGGACUCGGGAAUUUAUCCAAAGCAUCCUAGCUUUUCGACACACAAUACUGAGCCAUAUGGGCCUCUUCCUCGUUACAGAGGAAAGUGUGAAGUUGAUCCAGAGACUCAGAGGGAUUUUUGCAAUGGGAAGAUUAUUGGAGCACAGCAUUUUGCAAAAGCAGCAAUUGCGGCUGGUGCAUUUAAUCCAGCAAUUGAUUUUCCAUCACCUUUGGAUGGUGAUGGUCAUGGAAGCCAUACAGCAGCUAUUGCUGCUGGAAACAAUGGAAUCCGUGUCAAAAUGCAUGGAUAUGAGUUUGGAAAGGCAAGUGGCAUGGCACCGCGUGCCAGGAUUGCUGUGUACAAGGUUCUCUAUAGGCUCUUUGGGGGAUAUGUAUCUGAUGUUGUUGCUGCUAUCGAGCAGGCUGUUCUUGAUGGCGUUGAUAUUCUUAAUCUUUCGGUGGGGCCAAACAGUCCACCGACAACAACCAAAGCCACAUUUUUGAAUCCUUUUGAUGCUGCACUUCUUUCUGCUGUGAGAGCUGGAGUGUUUGUUGCUCAGGCUGCCGGAAAUGGGGGUCCAUUCCCUAAAACCUUGGUGUCUUUCAGUCCAUGGAUCACUACUGUAGCUGCUGCUAUUGAUGACCGUAGAUACAAAAAUAAUUUGACCCUGGGAAACGGAAAAAUUUUACCUGGGCUUGGAUUGUCACCUUCAACGCAUGGGAACAAGUCAUUCAAUCUGGUUUCCGCUAAUGAUGUCAUGCUAGAUUUGUCUUUGUUGAAAUACAACCCACUAGACUGCCAAAGGCCUGAACUGUUGAACAGGAACAAGGUGGAAGGAAAUAUUCUUCUAUGUGGAUAUUCUUUCAAUUUUGUUUCGGGAACUGCAUCAAUUAAAAAGGUGUCUGAGACAGCAAAAAGUCUUGGUGCAGCAGGCUUCAUUGUUGCUGUCGAGAACACCUAUCCGGGUGCCAAAUUUGAUCCUGUACCUGUUGAUACUCCUGGGAUCCUCAUCACGGAUGCCAGAAAAACGAAGGAACUUAUUGACUACUACAACUGUUCGACCACAAGAGACUGGGCGGGUCGACCAAUAAGUUUCGAUGCGACAGCCAGCAUAGCUGAUGGUUUGGCACCCAUACUGCAUAAAUCAGCUCCUCAGGUGGCAUUAUUCUCCUCCCGAGGACCAGACGUAAAAGAUUUCAGCUUUCAGGAUGCUGAUGUACUUAAGCCAGAUAUACUAGCUCCAGGCAAUCUUAUUUGGGCUGCUUGGGCGCCAAAUGGAACAGAUGAGGCUAACUACAUAGGAGAAGGCUUUGCUAUGGUUUCCGGAACCAGUAUGGCUGCUCCACACAUCGCUGGGAUUGCAGCCCUCAUAAAGCAAAAGAAUCCACAUUGGAGCCCCGGUGCUAUCAAGUCGGCUCUAAUGACAACAGCAACUACUUUGGAUCGAGGUGGCCGGCCUAUUUUAGCACAGCAAUAUUCUGAAACAGAAAUCAUGACACUGGUGCAGGCUACACCAUUCGAUUAUGGUAGCGGUGCUGUCAAUCCAAAAGCUGCUCUGGAUCCAGGACUCAUCCUAGAUACAACUUAUGAAGACUACAUCAGGUUCUUGUGUUCAGUACCAGAUGUCGAUCCUAAUGAGGUACGUAACAUCACUAGCUCGGCUUGCAACAGCACCACAGGCCUACCAGCCGAUCUAAACAGCCCAUCCAUCACCAUCUCCCAUCUGGAAGGAACUCAAACAGUGAAGAGAACAGUGACCAAUGUAGCCGAUACCGAAACAUACGUCAUCACUACUAGAAUGUCACCUGAGAUCGCACUCGAAGCCAGUCCUCCGGCGAUGACGGUGCUGUCCGGAGCAUCUCGUGAGAUAACUGUGUCUCUCACGGUCAGGUCAGUGACCGGCGGAUACAGCUUCGGUGAGAUUCUCAUGAAAGGCGAUAGGGGCCACAGGGUGAGGAUCCCAGUGGUGGCCAUGGGCUUUGAUAGCUAGGAGAUACAAUGUCUUCAUCUUGGCGCUUGAUAUUAUUCUUUGUAGAUUAUAUAAUAAAAAGCUAAACAUCAUCUGUCAGUGUGAUGAAGAUGAAGCAAUAUAAAUCUUAUGGUAUUUUGAAGUUUCUGCUACUUACCAAAGAGCAGGACCAAUCGGUAAUUUAACAGUCAA